AUGAAUGUUCCUUUGAGAAAUCCACAUCAUGGCUUGAAAGAAAAGAUGAAAGCUCUAACUCUCUUAUAUGAGCAGCAAAAGAAAGCUUCUUCAACGUUAAGGAACCUGUCUCCGAAACCUGAAGAGAGGCGAUUGUCGACACAUCCAGGUGCGGAUCUUCUCAAUGGUUGCAAAAGAGAAGAGAAAGAUUCAAAAGAAACGAAAGAUUUAAAGCAAAACAAUGUAAUGAGAGAGAACGCAAUGCCUACAUUGCCUAGUGCAAAGCCUAAUACUACAGUUUCAAGAACCUUCGUGUUACCAGAACCAACUGUUGAUGAUGCUAAGGAGAAUCUUGUGAUGGGUCCGGACCGGGUUAUAGGGUUUUCAACGUGUCCAAGAAAGACUAAUGUUGCAAGUACGGUGGCAAGGAAGCUUUCAAUGGGAAGCUCAGUGCCACACAUAGAGCCGAGAGGGUUUGUUGGAUCUAAAAAUGUGCAAGAAAAUGAGAAAUUGGAGACUGUUUUGGAGAAAAAUGGGGCAAGUGGAAGCCGGAUUUUGGUGUUUGUGAGGCUUAGGCCAAUGGCCAGGAAGGAGAGAGAGGCUGGCUUGAGGUGCUGCGUGAGGAUUGUGAAUAGGAGAGAUGUUUAUCUGACUGAGUUUGCUAAUGAGAAUGAUUAUCUUAGGCUAAAGAGGCUCCGUGGACGACAUUUUACAUUUGAUGCUGCAUUUCCAGAUGCAACUUCUCAAAGUGAAGUUUACUCCACCACGACGGCAGAUCUUGUAGAACAAGUAUUGCAAGGAAGGAAUGGAUCCGUGUUCUGCUAUGGUGCCACAGGAGCUGGUAAAACAUAUACAAUGCUGGGGACAGUUGAGAACCCCGGAGUGAUGGUUUUGGCAAUUAAGGAUCUUUUUACCAAGAUUAGGCAAAGGAGCUGUGAUGGAAACCAUGUGGUUCACCUCUCUUAUCUUGAAGUUUAUAAUGAAACUGUCAGAGAUUUGCUCUCUCCUGGAAGGCCUCUGGUUCUUAGAGAAGACAAACAGGGAAUAGUAGCAGCAGGUCUCACUCAUUACAGAGCUUACUCCACUGAUGAAGUGAUGGCAUUGCUUCAACAAGGAAACCAAAACCGAACCACUGAACCAACUCGUGCGAAUGAAACCUCUUCACGAUCCCAUGCUAUUCUGCAGGUGGUUGUUGAAUACCGAUUUAGAGAUGCUUCCAUGAAUGUUAUCCAAAGGGUGGGAAAGCUGUCGCUCAUUGAUCUUGCUGGCUCGGAGAGGGCCCUUGCAACUGAUCAGAGAACACUCAGAUCACUUGAGGGGGCCAACAUAAACAGAUCACUUCUUGCACUAAGCAGCUGCAUCAAUGCCCUUGUAGAGGGCAAGAAACAUAUCCCAUAUCGAAAUUCAAAGCUCACUCAACUUCUCAAGGACUCGUUAGGAGGAGCUUGUAACACUGCAAUGAUUGCAAAUAUCGGUCCAAGUAAUCUCUCAUUUGGUGAAACUCAAAACACCUUGCAUUGGGCUGAUCGAGCCAAGGAGAUCCGAACCAAGGCAUGCGAGACCCAAGAAGAAAUACAGUUACCAGAAUGUGAAACUGAUCAGGCCAAGCUAUUGAUUGAAGUGCAGAAAGAAAAUCGCGAAUUGCGGGUGCAAUUAGUACAGCAACAACAAAAGCUACUCUCACUCCAAGCACAAUUGUUGGCUGCAAAUUCCUCGCCAACUCCUCCUUCGAUUACCUCUCUUCAGACUCCUCUAUCUACCGCCAGACAAAAUGAAAAAAGGAAAGCUAGACCAUCUUUCUUAAGUGGGAACUGUUUCACGCCAGAAUCAAGAAAAAAGGGCGCAGAGGAAGCAGUCAGAGAGCUUCGGCAGACUGUCGAGGCAUUAGAGGCGGAAAUCGAGAAACUGAAGAAAGAUCAUGCGACACAGCUAAAGCUGAAGGAUGAUCGUAUACGCGAGUUUUCCCGAAAGAGUGAAAAGCCAUCAGCAGGAGCAACAAUGCAAGGAGCAAAGAGGGUAGUGACUAGAGCUAGUUUGCGGCCGAAGGAAACAAACAUUGGUGAGUUGAAGAGUCCAAGCCACCGUUUCAAGUCCCCAGUUCCAAGUGUAAAGAAAAGGAGCUUUUGGGACAUAACAACAGCUACCAGCCCAUCAGUUGCUACACUAAAUGGAAGAAAAACCAGAAGUCAUGUCAUUGCUGAUAACACUGCAGCAGCUCCCUCCAUGCUUCUUCAGCCAGGCAGACUCCCAUACCCAGCACCUCCUCCAGCUUCAUCUUUUGGUCCAGCCAGCUCUGGCUUACGCAAGCCCCAACCUCACCCUGGUCCUCCUCCCAAGCCUCCCCAACCCGGAAAUGGCCAGCCUCCUCCCCAAAUACCUGGACCCAAAAUGCCUCCUAGGAAAUUCUGA